CACUCACAACACACACACACAAACAAACAAACAAACAAACAAACAAACACAAACAUACACAGACAUACACUUAAUCACUCACUCACCUCUGGUUUGCCUUUGAAUCGUUAUUGUUCGCCUAACUGACCAACCAAGUGUCAUGGCGGCAACUUGAACCACGUGACCUGCUUCUAUAAGUAUGGGUUCACCCGAAUGUUCAGGUCCUUUCAAGUCGCGACAUUUGACAGAGGCAAGCAGCCUUAAAAUUUAUGCGACUGUUUUUAGCAAACGACAGAACUCACAGAGCACAGCAAGCUUUCCCUAUCUCUUGUGUGUUUUUGGUCAAGAGUUUUUAAAAGUGAUUUUUUAAAGUGAUUUUUUAAAAGUGCGUUCUCCUAAUUGUGUUCAAAACCGCAGGGAGGAACCAAAAUCUUGAUUACGCCUCUAUCAUCAUGAAUCCCAAUCUGUUACUGGACACUCGGAACAUUCCCCUGGAGCUGAGAGUGUUCCCCGUCCUGCCCAAAGCCCGCCCCUCCCGCCAACAACAGGAGCUCUACAUCGAGUUUGUGGACGUUGUGGCGAAUGUAGCUGAACCGUUAAAACACGAGCACUUUAUUGGUGCGAGCACGGACAAAUGCCCGCUGUGUGGAGUCAUGCCAGGAAAGAUCAUUGUGUUUGUGCUCACCCCUCUGAUCGACCUGGAGGACUAUUUCGCCACGUACAACGUUAUGAUGAACCCGCUGGUGGCUCAAAUAUUCUUCGAAAAGUUGUUGCAGGGUCUCAUCGACAAUAAUGUGUGGGAGGUGAAGUCAGUACUGGAUGAAGGUCGUGAACUAUUGGAGCCCAGGCAGUGCGCUAUGAUCUUUAGCACUGUUCUCACCAGAGGUCACAUCACAACGCGUCUCUUGCUGGACUACGGUCUGAAGCGGAAAUUCCCAGGACUUGAAAUGGGAUUGCAGGCGAUUAUAUUCUUCACUAUCCUCGGUACAGAGAAAAGCAAAAGGAGCAAAGAGCUCAUCAUAAAUCUGCUGCACGAGUACGACAUACUGAGACAGUCCGACAAAGAGGAGCUCAGCCACACACUCCAGAGGUUCCAGCACAUCAUGAUACCGAACUACCCGCAGGAGGAGGUGAUGGAAACGUGCCAGAAGGCUCUGGACACGCUGAGCCAGCCCAAGUCUCUGUUGUCCAUGAGCCUCCGAGUCGUGGCUGAGAAACUGGGCCCGAUGCCUGGCAGGAGGAAGAAAGUGAAGGAUCUGAGACUGCCCAGAAACAUCGAGACGAAUCUGUUGUGGGCGGACAUUGCUAGACUUAACCCCAUGGACGUGGACAGUGGAGAACCUCUGUACGUAGAGGACGACCUGGACAUGGAAGACAUUGAACAGAUCCGGGAGGCGAGGAAUCGAGUGCCCGGAGCCGCCAAUUCUAAACCCGAACUCGAUUACGUAAUGAUUGACGAAAGUGACCACGAUUCUGAUUAUUCUGAUUAUUCUGACGACGCUGUCGAAGACAUUGAUAUCGCCCAUUAGAUUGUGGACAGCGUGUGUGUUCUGUGUGUUCUGUCCAAAUUUUAAAGUUUUAUUUGUAUAAAGUUGUGUUUAUCUCCACAAGGCCAUUUUUUGCGCGAUCGAAUGUCGAGACAAGACGUCAGUUUUGCGUUUUGCAAACCGAACAUUUGACCUGUCACGCAAAAGAUGCCUGCCUAUGUUUUUUUAAUCAGUUUGUUUUUUAAUCAGUUUCUACGUCUGUUUUGUAACUUUGUCACUUCAAAUUUUAGCUUCUUCUUUUUUAAACAUUUUUUACCUUUUACAGAGCUAAAGGACAGACUUCAAGGCCUCAGGAGCAUAGUGACCUUACAGUGAUCACAACCGGGUUGAUAUUGAUUUUCCCAAAAACCUUUAGACAUUUUGAAAUUCUGGAGACUCUGUUUUGUCAAUUUGCCUCUCAAUGCACAAGUCUUUUGACGUAGUUCUGACAAAAGUACGGAAAUAAGUAGGAGGCAUUUCCAAUAACUCAAUUUCUUGGAGUCACUUCAAACUGGUCCAUGCUGAGACAUACGAUAAUACGUAUCUAUUUCCUUUUUUUAAAACUGCCUCAUCACAAGUGUCUUUCAUUUUGACUUUUG